AUGGGGGGGCUGCGGGCGCUCUGGCUGCUGGCGGCGGCGCUGGGGGCGGCAGGGGGGCACCCCCAGCCCUGCCGCGUCCCGCCCCGCACUGGCCCCGCUGUCGGCCCCGCCGUGCGCCUCGGGGCUCUGCUGCCGCCCGCCGCCGCCCUCCGCCUCCGCGCUGCGCUGGCCGCAGCCGCCGGCACCGGGGGGACCCCCGACCCCGAGGGGGGUUCCUGGGGGGCGGCGCUGCCCCACAACUUCAGCCUGGAGGUGGUGGCGGGCGGCCCGGCGGCGCGGGACCCGGGCUCGCUGGCGCGGUGGCUGUGCGGGACGGUGGCGGGGCGCGGCGUGGCCGCGGUCCUGGCGGUGCCCCGAUCUCGCCGGGAGCUGUUGCAGCUCGACUUCCUCGCCGCCGCCCUCCAGAUCCCCUUCGUCAGUGUCUUGGACACCCGCGGGCCGCUGCCCUUCCGCUCCCAGAGCCCUUUCCACUUCCACAUGGAGCGGCAGAGCUCACUGGAGACACUGGUGGACGUGCUGGUGAGCGUCCUUCAGGCCAAUGACUGGCAGGAGACCAACCUCGUGCUCUGUCACCCCUGGGAUGUCUCCGGCUUCCUCAGCCUCUGGUCCCACCGCUCCCGGCUCUUCCUCCGCACCGUCCUUGACCUUGGCUACCUGAAGGAGCCUGGGGCUACCAGCUCCCUCCAGCAGCACCGGGAGCACUUCAGGGCCCUCUCCAGCCCCGUGCUGGUGCUUGGCUGUGAUCUGCGGCGUGCUCGACUCAUCUUCCAGGCAGCCGAGGAGUCAGGGCUGCUGUCUCAGGAGUCUCACUGGAUGCUGGGGUCCCCUCUCAGUGCUGAUGAGCUACAGACCGAGGGGUUGCCCCUGGGGCUGUUGGCCUAUGGCGAGGUGGGCCGGCCGCCGCUGGAGCUGCUGGUGCAGGACGCGGUGGGGCUGGUGUCCCGGGCCAUCACCCGCGCCGCCCACGUCCGCCCCGACCUGGCUCUGCAGCCAACGCCGGUGACCUGCAGCGACCGGCGCCAGGCGGGCGGUGAGAACACAGGACUCUUCCUCUCCAGGUUCAUCGCCAGCACGUCCUUCCAGGGCCAGACAGGGCCCCUGCACGUGGAGAAUGGGACACUGGUGCAUCCGGAGCGGCUGUACCGCAUCUGGAGCCUGCGGCGGGACUCGCGGGGGGAGCCCACCUGGGUGACCGUGGGCACCUGGCACCGCAGCACCCUGGAGCUGGAGGAGGGCGCCUGGCAGAGCCAGCGGCAGCGCCAGAGCCCGGGCGAGGGGCCCCGCGCCAGGCUGCGGGUGGUGACGCUGGUGGAGCACCCCUUCGUCUUCACCAGGGAGGCGGACGAGGACGGGGUCUGCCCCGCGGGGCAGCUCUGCCUGGACCCCGGCACCAACAACUCGGCUGUGCUGGAUGCCCUCUUCGAGGAGCUCAGCACAGAGAAUGGCUCAGUGCCACAGGAGUACAAGAAGUGCUGCUAUGGGUACUGCAUUGACCUGCUGGAGAAGCUGGCUGAAGACAUGGCCUUUGACUUUGAGCUCUACAUCGUGGGGGAUGGGAAAUAUGGGGCCUGGAAGAAUGGGCGCUGGACGGGGCUGGUUGGGGACCUGCUCAGUGGCACAGCCCACAUGGCCGUCACCUCCUUCAGCAUCAACUCAGCACGGAGCAAAGUCAUUGACUUCACCAGCCCCUUCUUCUCCACCAGCCUGGGCAUCUUGGUGAGGACCAAGGACACAGCAUCACCUAUUGGGGCCUUCAUGUGGCCCUUGCACUGGACCAUGUGGGUGGGCAUCUUUGUGGCCCUGCACACAACAGCACUCUUCCUCACCCUCUACGAGUGGAAGAGCCCCUAUGGCAUGACCCCCCAUGGCCGCAACCGCAUGAAGAUCUUCUCCUACUCCUCAGCCCUCAACCUGUGUUACGCCAUCCUCUUUGGGCGCACCGUGUCCAGCAAGACACCCAAGUGCUGCACUGGCCGCUUCCUCAUGAACCUCUGGGCCAUCUUCUGCCUCCUGGUGCUCUCCAGCUACACAGCCAACCUGGCAGCUGUCAUGGUGGGGGACAAGACCUUCGAGGAGCUCUCAGGCAUCCAUGACCCAAAGCUGCAUCACCCCUCGCAGGGCUUCCGCUUUGGCACCGUCUGGGAGAGCAGUGCUGAGGAGUACAUCAAGAAGAGCUUCCCUGAGAUGCACGAGUACAUGCGGCGCUACAACGUCCCCACCACCCCUGCCGGCGUCACCAUGCUCAAGACAGAGCCCCCCAAGCUCAACGCCUUCAUCAUGGACAAGUCACUGCUGGACUAUGAGGUGUCCAUCGACUCUGACUGCAAACUGCUCACAGUGGGCAAACCCUUCGCCAUUGAAGGCUACGGCAUUGGCCUCCCCCAGAACUCACCACUCACCUCCAACAUCUCCGAGUUCAUCAGCCGCUACAAGUCCUCGGGGUUCAUCGACCUCCUGCACGACAAGUGGUACAAGAUGGUGCCCUGUGGGAAGCGCGUCUUCGCUGUCACCGAGACCCUACAGAUGGGCAUCUACCACUUCUCGGGGCUCUUCGUGCUGCUCUGCAUCGGGCUGAGCGGGUCCCUGCUGACGUCUCUGGGUGAACACGUCUUCUACCGCCUCGUCCUGCCCCGCAUCAAGCGGAAGAAGAAAUUCAACUACUGGCUGCACACAAGCCAGAAGAUCCACCGGGCUCUGAACAUGGGCACAGAGGAGCAGAAGAGCCGGCAGCUGGGCCUGGAGCGGAGGUGCCAGCUCCAGCCUGGGCAGGUGUCGGCAGAGGGGCAGCCCUGGAGCACCCUGCGGAAGGAGGGACGGCGGGUGCGCUUCCAGCUGGACAAAGGCCCCUCUGAGGACGAGGGGUCCCUGCAGCCCCCCGGGAAUGGGCGGGUGCUGCAGCCCCUGGACAGGGCCGCGGGUGAGAGCGAGCUGCAGGAGCUGGAGGGGAAGAUCCAGGAGCUGCGGGAGCAGCUGCGGGCAGCCCUGCUGCGGAAGAGCGAGCUGGUGGCCACGCUGGGCACAGCCAAGAGCAGCAUGGAGGAGCCCAAGGAGCGGAGGUGA